AAUGUUAACCAACCCCUGUGGUUCAUGUGCAAAUGCUUCCCCUAAUGCAGUUUCCUAAUUUGUCAUGUUUUUAGUGAAGGGAGGCGCCUGUGUUUGGGGGAGGUACCGUUAACUGUAACUGCAGUACAGGGUGGCAUAUUUAAUUUGGUUGGUUUUGUGAACUUUUUUUUAUAGACAUGACGUCCUGCUGUAAAGUAUGGAAUGCAGACAAGAGCAGAGGAUGGCUUAUAAGUGCAUCAAAGGUAGAAGAACUUGUCCUUAAAGUUCAGCAGAAAUUUGAGCUGAACUCAACCAUACCAAUUAGAUUUGUGAUGAAGGAUGGGUGUGAGGUGGACGAUGACACAUUUGCAAAUCUGCCUGCUGCGAUUGAUUUGUAUUACCUGCUUCCUGGGGAACAGCUCAUAAACACUUCAAACCAAGGUAGUGUACUAUAUAAGUAUAUUACCCAAAACCAAUGCAAUCAUAACUACUACUGUCCAUCUCACUAGUGAGAGUAUCAACAUUACACAUAACCUUAUAUUGGAAAAUUAAUUUUUUAAACAAUGAUCACUUUGAAGAAGUUCAAACUUGGUACAUGUAUAUAUAGAUGUAUUACCGGUAUAUGGGACUCAGAACUCUGGGCGCAUCAAUUUCCCCUUGAUGAUUAUGGGGGAUGAUGUGGCCCUUGCUGACUUGACAGUGUUCUUGUAAUUGUUAAUUUUCAUUUAAAUAUUAUACUGUAAUUUCCUUUUAUAUUAUCAUGAUAGAUGAAAAAUGCAAUUAUUAAAAUUCGAUCAUUGUAUCUUAUUCCUAUUUAGGAAAAAAACAUUUGAAUUUUCAACAGGAAGUUUUCACAUGCAUACUGUAUAUUUUGUUACUAAUCUUCCAAAAUAUGUUAUUAAAAGAUAGUAACUUGAUUACAAGUUUGUUGUUUAAUUGUUAUCCUGAAAUUAACAGGUAUACUAUAUUGCCUAGUUUCGCAAGCGUAUUACGCACCCUGCAGUGUUCUUGUUGAAAAUACUUCUUGGUAGACUGUAGUAGUUGUUGAUUCUUAAUUAUAUUAACUUAAUCAUGACUGUGAUAUAUUCUUUUACAUGUACUUUUACAUGUACUUUUACAUAGUCACAACAGGAUUUGAUACCACUACUAGUACUACUGGUGAAGCCACACAAGCCGGGCCAUCUAAAUUGGCUGAUCUUGUCAAAAAAAUAAAAAACCAGACCAUGCAGCUACAGAAAAAUAGAUCCAUCGGCAUGAAAAGACUCAGAUCUUCCUAUACAGUGAACCUUGGGUGGCUUUUGAAGGAAUUUGGAUCAGAGAAGUAUACUCAAAUGAAGAUUGCAUCUGGUGGUGGAACAAGGGUUGUCGAAUUUCCAGGAGACGCAGAUUAUGAGACGGUUGUCAGAAAGGGCAAGGAACUCUUCUUUCCCAAUGGAUUAUCCCUAAAGGGAAGACUGGAAGAAUUUGAUGUGGCACUGGGAGAUUUUCGACAGACACUUGUAAUUGAAGCAGAAUUCUCAGUUUUGGACUACGUGAAGAAGAACUGCCUAUCUACCAAACCAAGGAUAUACCUUAUGACAAAGAGGAAGGUGUCCGCUGAUGAUGAUGACUGGGAUCUCCCAGACAUCCUGGGAUUGGAUUCAGGGAUAGACAAUGAGUCUCAUAUGGUUAACCAGCCAAAUCAUACCCAAGCUCAGUCCGCAGAUCUUGACCAGGCAGUAAACCAGUCCAGUGCCCAGCUAGUUGAGCAGGUUCAGCAUGUUGCCCAAGACCAACCAAUAGAACUUCUGGAACAGGACCACAGUUCCUUACAGGGUACACAAGCUAACGGUUCCCCAUUGCUGUGUCCUGUAUGCACCAUCCAUGCCAUUGAUUCCUUUUUUGGAUGUGGCCAUACUCUUUGUUUAAUAUGCGCAACAGAACUUAAGGAAAGGGGGGCGCACUGCCAUAUUUGCCGCAGGGAUAUUAUCACCAUCAACAGACUCUACAUAUAGAAACUGAAAUUACGGAAAUGAAGAAAAAUGCAUAAAUCUGUUGUACUCUUAAUUAGUUACAUGUGCACAAUAAUAACGUUAAACUGAGGUGUGUGAUUUCAAAAUUAAUUAGUGUAAUUUACAAAAUUUAUUUUGUCUUGAACCACAAGGUAUUUUUUUCAAACCAUUUCAUAGAUUUACAAUGAUUGUUUUUUAAAACCAUUGGCCUUUUAUACCCCCGUCCUUUGAAGGGACAUAUUAUGGUAUGAUGCUGUCUCUCCGUCCAUAAACAUUUAUUUGUAUUUCAACCGUGUACGAAAAUCUUGGUAUUUAGUUUCUCUUGAAAUAUUGUAGACUUAAUUAUCGGUUUAAUUCAGAAUUUUGAUUUUGACAUUUGUUGACAAGAGUUUUUGUCUUUUGCGUAUUGACAGGCAUGUGAUGUAUCCGUGUGGUGCUCUGUUUUAUAUAUCGAGCAGCGUAUUAUGCAUCUGUAUGCAGUGCUCAUUUUUGAUUUAUAUAUGAUUUAUAUAAAAGUAUGCGGUGCAUACAGUAAUGAUACUAACAUUGAUAACUUUAGUUUUAUAUCGAACAAUUUUGAACCCAUAAAGGUUUUAAAUAUAUAUUAAAAUUAGUGAUAUAUAUUAAGUUAUACCAAUUAAGUCUAUUUUCUUGUGCCUUUAAUUAAUAAUAUUAUUUCUCAUUUCAAACUUCUUCUCAAAUUCCAACAUUUAGACUUAGCUGAAACUCGCCUGAAAAGAUCUUGAGAUAAUCCUGAGCUAGUUUUGUUAUUUUUGGGUCCGUCCGAAAUCGAAGAUGGCCUUCAUGGCAGCCAACUUGAAAAACACAUUUUAAACUUCUUCUCCAGUUCCACGGGUGCCAUUGAGCUGGAUAUUGGUGAGAGUGUUAAAGAACGAGAGCAAACAAAGUGUUGUUUUUUUCAGCCUCAUAAAAACUUUGACAUGGCAGUCACGACGGCCAUUUUGUAACAUGAUUACGCAAUCAUGGUUUUCCUGAACAACACCCAUUUCAAACUUCUUCUCAAGUUCCACUUGUUGGAGUCAGCUCUAACUUAACUGAAAUGAUCCUGAGAUGAUUCUGGUCAAGUGUUGCUAUUUUUUGGGUCAAUCCAAAAUCCAGGAUGUCCGCCAUGGUCAACAGUGCCACUAUACUUGCUAUAGAGUAUGUGUACUAAAAUUGUAUAAGGGUCUUAAGAGUCAGAUGACCGUUAAGGCCCAUGGCCCCUUGUUGAUGAAAAAUAAAGGAUCACUGCUCUUUUA